AUGAGCGGCAACAGGAGGAGCUUCGCGGAGGCGGCGGUGAACGGCGAGUCGGCGGCGCGCCGCGCGGGGGCGGCGCUCACCGUCACCACGGCGCAGGGCGUGCUGCGGGGGCGGCGCGCCAGAGCGCCCUCUGGCGCCGUCUACUGCGCCUUCCAGGGCAUCCCGUACGCCAAGCCGCCCGUUCGCGAACUGCGUUUCAAGCCGCCGCAGCCUGCCGAGAAGUGGACGAGCAUACGGAACGCGACGGAGGAGGGUCCGGUGGCGCCGCAGGUGAACCUCUACACCGGCAGGCUGGAGGGCGACGAGGACUGCCUCUACCUCAACGUCUACACGCCAAACCCUCCCAAGGGUUCGAUGCCCGUGAUGGUGUGGAUCCACGGCGGCGGCUUCUUCAGUGGCAGUGGCAACGCAGACAUCCACGGUCCGGAGUACCUGGUGGAGCACGGCGUCGUCGUCGUCACCUUCAACUACCGCCUCGGCGUUCUUGGUUUCAUGAGUACGGGAGACAACGUGGUUCCUGGUAACAUGGGCCUCAAGGACCAGGUGAUGGCUCUCCGCUGGGUCAAGGACCACAUAGCCAAUUUCGGCGGUGACCCCAAAAACGUCACCAUCUUCGGCCAAGACGCGGGAGCGUGGUCUUGCCAUGCUCAUAUGUUGUCACCUAUGUCUAGAGGCCUGUUCCAGCGCGUCAUCGCCAUGAGCGGCAGUACACUGGUGCCCGCCGCCUUCUCGACCGCCGUGCCGGAACGUACAUUCGUGCUGGCCGAGCACUUGGGACUGCGCACGCGCAGUUCUGAGGAGGUGCUCAUGUACUUGAUGGAGUUCCCCGCCAAGGCCUUCGUUGAGGACAUGCGCCACGCGCUCGCGCCAGAGGACAAGGAGCGCACGGUGGUCCCGUUCGUGAUGACGGUGGAGCCGCCAGACGCGGAGGGGGGCGCCUUCCUGACGAAGCCGCCCGCCGAGCUGCUGCGCGCCGGCAGGGCCCACCGCGUGCCGCUGCUCACCGGCGUCACCGCCCUAGAAGGCGCCGUCUUCCUCGUCAAGAACGUCCGUAAUGUCAUCAACGCCACGGCGAACCUCGACAUGAGCUUCCAGCGGCUGGUCCCCCAGGACUUCAACGGCCGCAAGGAGGACCGCAUUGCCCUCUGUCGUGAGAUGAAAAACUUCUACUACGGUGACGAGCCAGUAUCUUCUGAUAACUUGGGGCCGUAUGUUAACAUCCGUGGCGAUUUGGCUUUCAACUAUCCCGUGAUAAAGACGGCCAGGAUUCACUCUAAGCAGACGCAAAACGUGUACCUUUAUCUCUUCUCCGCUGACGGAGAGCUGAAUCACAUGAAGAGGAUAGCAAAGGCAGAAAAGUUAGCAGGUGCGUGCCACGGGGACGACGUGUUCUACCUGUUCCGGUCCUCUCUGUUCGACGUCGCCGCCGAGCCCACAUCAGCAGAAAGCAAAACCAUUGCGAACCUGACAAAGCUGUGGACCAACUUCGCCAAAACAGGAAACCCAACGCCGGACAAAGGGGGCGACCUGGGCGUGACGUGGCCGGCUUUCAGCGAGCGCGCGCCGUCCUACCUGCGCAUCGACAACAGCGGCCUCAGCGUGGCCAAGGAGCUCUUCGGCGAGCGCAUGGCCUUCUGGGACAGGCUGUACGAGCGCCUCAGCAAGUAGGCGCUACCACCGAAAAUAACUGCGGGCGCUGUUAAUGUGCGUGCACAGCCGCAUUCCCUGUGAUGC